GAUGCCCGAGUUCUUUGACUACUAUAUAUAUGUCCCAAUUCCAUUGGGAAUGUUCUAUUUUUAUCUUCCUUAGCACCCUGUUAAUAGUUUUUCCUUGGCUUUACUAUCUUAUCAACUUCUUCAUAUGUUAGCUUAUAUAUAAUCCUCUUCUGAUUUCAGCCUUCAUUUGCUCACCUUGAUUAUCUGCAUAACCCUGCGUUAUGUUUCUUUUUACCAUUCUCCAUUAUCUGUCAAAAAUUGUUUGUUGAUCAUGGCGUACAAGACAAAAUUGCAUUUAUCUAUAUUUCUUUUGUUAAUCGUUACAUUUUGUGAGCAAGAUCAUGUCCAUGGAGAACCAAAAGUGCCUUGUUAUUUCAUCUUCGGAGAUUCACUAGUGGAUAGUGGCAAUAAUAACAACCUUGAAACUAUAGCUAAAGUCAAUUAUCCUCCAUAUGGGAUUGACUUCCCAGGUGGUCCAACAGGAAGGUUUACCAAUGGUCGAACUAUAGCUGAUAUAAUGGGUGAACUUCUUGGCUUUGACGAUUUCAUUCCAUCCUUUCUGACUGUCAAUAGCUCUGAAAUUCUCAAAGGUGUAAAUUACGCAUCUGGUUCCGCAGGAAUCAGACAAGAAACCGGGAAGCAAUUGGGUGUUAACCUUGAAUUAAGCAGACAGUUGGAAAAUCAUCAGAGUAUUGUCUCACGCAUAGUUGAUAUGUUAGGGAACGAGUCCGUAGCCAACCACCUAAACAAGUGCUUUUAUUGGUCCGUAAUCGGCAGUAACGAUUAUCUAAACAACUAUUUCAUGCCACAAUACUACAAUACAAGCAGUCAAUACACUCCAGACAAAUAUGCAGAAGCACUUAUUAAACAAUAUUCUCAACAAAUUAUGAAAUUGUACAAUUCUGGAGCAAGGAAAGUGGCGCUGAAUGGAAUCGGACCUAUCGGCUGCGCACCACAUUCUACUGCUAACUAUGACACAAAAGGCUCCUUAUGCGUUGACUACAUGAAUGAUGCAGUAAAUUACUUUAACAGCCUACUCAUAUCACUUGUAAAUCAAUUGAACAACGAUUUGGCCGAUGCAAGAUUUAUCUACCUUAAUGCAAUUGGAUUUGGGUCAGAAAAUAUUGCAUCUCCAGCUGUUCGAACUCGUGAUGGCAAAAAUCUAUUUCUUGAUUUGAUAUUGUCCGAGGUUUUUGCCACCGCUGACACCUGA